GCCGUGGAGUGUGGUGAACGUAAUCAAAGCACUAUCGUCUCAUUCUCCCUGUAGGACUUUUAAAAUACGACGACAAAGGAUGUUGCGGUUAUUGGCCGUAGUGGCCGUCACGUUGCUGCUGUCAUUUGCUUCUCUAUCUUCGGUGGCUGGAUACGUAACUUAUUCCAAUCGAUCUCAAGUGGUGCCCAAAUUCGAGUUGACGGUAUCGGAAGGCAAACCAUUGAAACUGCGCGUUUCUAACUACGAAAAUCUGCAAACUUAUAUCCCGCGUUGGUAUCACGAUGGGAGGCUGAUCACUGCGGAUUAUAAGCGCUGUAUCGCGAACUAUGGCGAGCUACGGUGUCCAUCGGUGAGGCGUGAGGAUCAGGGAGUGUACGAGUUGUGGGGCGCGAGUCGAACCAACGUCGGGCUCCGUCAGCUGCUGUUCCACGCUACGGUCGUGGUGGAAACGGAGGAGAUAGUGCAGAUGGCCGCUAUCGAGGAGCUGCCUUUUGAGGAGCGUGAGGAUUGUUUCUGCUCCGGUGUGACCGGUCGAUGCCGAACCGCAAACUAUCUCUACCGUGCUCGGUUAGCGUACGACAUGUCGAAGGUGGAACUGGUCUACCACAACCUUCCGGAUGGUACGGAUGCAUCGAAAAAGGUCGUCGAUCCGUUCCUCUCCAUACCGGUGGACUUCAUCGAGAGCAACCUGCUGACAUCGUACGGCGGUUACUUUCAGUUCCCGGUAUCAAACGAAUGCUUGUCCGAUCGCACCAAACCGUGCAUGGUGCUGAUCGGUAAGGGUGACCUGACGGUGGGUUACUUCUUGCCGGAGGAGGUCAACACCACGUCGAUCUACGUCCCGAUAAAGGAAACCAGCUGGAAGGUGCUGCGCUCGCACCGAUUGCCGUAUGGAUCGCCAGUCGAUCGGUUCCGCUUCUUGUACCUCCUGAGUAAGGUGCGUGGAAUUUAUUUGGCGGGCCGCACUACACACCGUGGCGCACAGCUAGUGGUUGACGUUGCGUCAACGCAGGACACUGGUUUGGGGUGGGUUGGUACGGUGGAAGAGUGCGACUGUCACGAGGGUUACCGUGGAUUAUCGUGUGAGUCAUGCGACGAUGGUUACUACCGGUCGUACAAUACGAUCAGUAAGUAUGGCGUCUGUUUGCGCAUUGAAGAACUGUGGAACAUGCACAAACGACAGCAGAGAGUGCUGUAGGGCGUCAUUAGAUUUGUUUGUUGUUAGAAUUUGUUGGUGUAGCGGUAGCUUAAGAGUAAGAAUUGCGUUAAUAAAUGUUCCGGUGUAGCAAGAAGUAGAAUAAAUGCGGUUAGUGGUGCAUUGUACGUCUUCCACUAAGAGCA